AUGGAAAUCAAUGAGACUGGACAUGUCCAGGAAUUGGAGCGGAACUUCUCGUUUCUUUCGAUCCUAAGUUUAGGAGUGGUUACAGGCAAUACGUGGGCAGCUCUGGGUGGCAGUAUUGCGGUAGCCAUUUAUAAUGGAGGGCCACCAGGUGUGAUGUACGAGUUCAUUGUGGUUUCAGUCUUCUAUUGGCUUGUGGCGGCUUCUCUCGCUGAGCUUGCAUCUUCAAUGCCUAGUAGUGCCGGAGUCUAUCACUGGGCAUCUAUUACUCCAGGGCCUAAGUAUGGACGUAUCUGCGGUUGGUUUGCUGGAUGGUGGAAUACAUUUGCGUGGAUAUGCGCCUCUGCUACAAUGGCAAACAUUAGCUCCAACAUUGCAGUUGCCAUGUACGGAUUAUACCGGCCCGAGUACGUGCCUCAGCGAUGGCAUAUCUUCAUCGGGUACCUGAUAGCUUCUUGGACCUGCUGUUCUAUCGUUCUCUUCGCCAAUCGCGCACUUCCUAUGAUCAAUACCAUUGGACUAGUCUUCAUCCUCGCUGGCGUUCUCAUUACUAUCAUAGUCUGUGCAGUAAUGCCACAUACAACAGGAGCGGGUUAUGCCUCAUCCUCUUUUGUCUGGGCGGAGUGGAAUAAUCAAACCGGCUACGGUAGCAAUGGCUUCGUCUUCCUAGCCGGUAUGCUUAAUGGCGCAUAUUCUGUAGGCACUCCGGAUUGCGUCAGCCAUAUGGCAGAAGAAAUUCCCAACCCGAAGCGCAACAUCCCUCUGGCCAUAGCAGCCCAGAUGGUUAUCGGAUUCUUUACAGCCUUCUUCUACAUGAUCGCAAUCUUUUACGCUACUCGAGAUCUCGAUUCCGUCCUCGCUGCUCCAUAUUUCCCCUUGGCUCAGAUAUACGCCCAAGCUACCUCUUCUAGGGGGGGCACCAUCGGUCUCCUGCUCGUGAUCUUCUUCCCUAUCUUCUGCACCUGUAUUGGGACCUACAUUACUGCAGGUCGAUCGCUCUGGACUCUUGCACGCGACAAGGCAGUUCCUUUUUCUGGUUCCCUCGGAGCCAUCUCGCCCCGCUUCAAGAACCCCUUCACUGCCACCCUCUUCUGCGGUGCCUUUUCCACAGUCCUAGGAGCCAUCUACGUCGGCUCAACCACCGCAUUCAAUGCCUUUGUCGGCUCAUUCAUUGUCCUCUCUACACUUUCCUAUCUCGCCGCCAUACUGCCCUUCAUGUUCACUGGGCGCUUCUCCCGGGCGUCCGAAGCACCAGGGCCUUACAAUAACGGUAUGAGACCAGGAGUCUACAAGAUGGGCAACAAAGUUGGCUACUGCGUAAACGCCAUCUCUUGCGCAUACAUUGUUGUUUUUGUGGUCAUUUAUUGCUUCCCUUAUUCAUUGCCCGUCACCCCGGCCAAUAUGAAUUACUCUUGUUUGAUCACCGGCGCGAUGACCAUUUUUGCGGCAGUCUGGUGGAUGCUCAGAGGUAGCAAUUAUGUUGGUCCACAGGCAAUGACUGAUGACGGUGAAGACGCGCACAUGGGACCGGUUUUGGAGGGCGUUAUUGCAAAGGGUGAUUGA